CUUCUUACAAUAUUUACAGCAGCCUAGCCACAUAGCCACUGAUCUUAAACAGAAUAUUGUAUAUCGAAAGAAGUGGAAGAAAGUUUUUUAUUUUUUAUUUUUUCCAAAGAAAUUGCCGUUCAACAGAAUCAGUUGAUAUCCGAACACGCCCUAAAUACAUACAUACAUCACCACCAGAUCUCGACGGGCCAGACAGCGCUGUAACAACUCUAACGAGAGGACUUGAAGGGCCCGGACAACAAUCAAAACUUGGCUGUGGAACCCUGCCUCUGCUGUGGCUGGUUCGCUGUCCACUACAGACGCCAGCAGUGACAUAUCGUUUGGAUAGAAUGAGGAAGCUUGCUUGGUCUAUAUCAACCACCUAGUUACCUCCCUUAAAACCUAUUUCUGCUUGAAUUCAGAUAUAAGAUAUAAGAUAAAAUAAAAUAGGAAUACUCCUGUACAAUUAUUCAUCAGUUAUAACUACGCCGUAAACCCUUGCUAAAAGAAGAAAAGCCUUCUUUGGUAUCUCCAUAUACAUACAUAUUUACACCAUGGCCGAAUCUCAGGUGUACCAAGAGGUCCAGAAACACUACAGCUCCGCUGCCAAAACCAGCGACGAAAGAUAUGGCCGCGACGUGGCCACUGCCUUUGGAUAUUCCAAGGAGGAGCUCGCCAGUAUCCCGCAGGCCGCGAAUCUGGGUCUGAGCUGCGGAAAUCCUCUUGCUCUAGCGCAAUUAAAUGAGGGCGAAACCGUGAUUGAUUUCGGUAGCGGAGCGGGAAUCGAUGCCUUCCUCGCUGCGAAAAACGUCGGCCCGAAUGGGAAAGUAUACGGCAUUGACAUGAACAAGGACAUGCUCGCCCGCGCCAACAUCAACAAAGAAAAAGUCGGCCCCGCCGCGGCCAACGUAACCUUCGUCGAAUCGCAAAUCACCGCCGUCAACCUCCCCGCCGCCGUCGCUGACUGCAUCAUCAGCAACUGCGUCGUCAACCUCGUCCCGGAGGCAGAGAAGCAGCUCGCGUUCAACGAGAUGGCCCGCCUGCUGAAACCGGGCGGCCGCGUUGCGCUCAGCGAUAUCCUAACCAGGAAGGAGCUGACGCCGGAGCUUAAGGAGAGUAUUGCGCUGUAUGUCGGGUGCAUUGCGGGAGCGAGCCGGGUGGAGGAUUAUGAGAGGUAUUUGAAGGAGGCCGGGUUUGGUGACAUCCUCAUCGUCGAUGCGAAGAAUGAUUUGAACAUCUACACGGCAGCACUGGAUAACCCCAAGAGCGCCGCCGGUGGUUGCUGCGGUGUAGUGAAGGAGCCCGAGCCGACACCCUGCUGCGGCCCUACCCGAGCAAAGAUUGAGCGUGGGCCCGGGAUUUUCUCUGAAGGGUUCAAGGCUGAUUUUAAGAAUGUUGAUUUCAACGAGUGGGCCGGUUCGUUCAAAAUCUAUGCUGUCAAAAACUAAAUAAGCGGCAUUUAUUAUGUGCAUUUAUUAUGUGCAUUUGUAUAUAUGCCUGCUUUUUCAAGGGGGUUGACGAAGUUGUGUUUUUUGAAUACCCCAUGUCCAUCACUGGCUUCGAAAAAGAGGGGUUGUUGAAACGGGGGAAGGAAGAUUCUUCCGCCCUAAGUUUGAAACGCAUUAUAUAUCCCAUGAUAUUUUAUAUAAUAUAUAAAACUAAAUUGAAUUUAUACCCUAAACAUGAAACAUGAUAAACGGUCUCCGAAGGCGCUGUUCUCGCGUUGUGGCGUGAGGAACGGGGGCGUGGUACCAUGAUUUCUAUACACAUAUCCAAUCGAAAGCAGAUUCGAUAUUCGAUCCCUCCCUCACACCUAGGCACCAGGGGGCCUAGUUGGGCAAUUACCCAGGCGUCUAACUUGACUUACAGGAAACUCCAGACAAGAUAUAGCUAGAGUACACUUUAGUGUACGGAGUAUGUAGCUGUUGGACCCUGGGUUAAAUUCAACAGGGCCCUUUCCUGGACUAACACAGUAACGUUUACUGCCCUGCCACCACAACUGCCUGUAUAGAUAGCUAUGUAACUGCGCAAGAGCUGAUGUUUUUUGCCUACAUAAAAUGGCAAACAACGGAGACCUACUAACGUGCGUUAUCCUACUUGGUAGGAGGUGGGGGACGGGGGAAAACUUAUGACUAUGCUUAAUUAUCCCGAUUAACCUUUCCGUGAAGUAAAAU